AUGUUUACUCAAUUCAGGUAAGAAAUAAGCUUCGUGUUCGAUUGAAAAUUGAAGUCAAGACGGUGAGACGACGGAACGAGCCGAGCUCGUUUUAUUAGUGGUAGUAAAUAGCAAAAUGUUCCCGUAAAAUUCCCUCAAAAUAUUAUAGAUUGGAAAACAGUGAGGAAACGACAUCAACAAGACCCAUGCAUUUAAAUAAACGACAUGUCAUUGAUCGAAAGCUGAAUCUCUCGUGUCUCCACGUACUAUUUUCUACACCGUUGGUAUUAACGAUGAUCUAACAGGACACGCGUCACCACCACCACCACCACCAUCCACCCCUCCCCCUCCUCUCUCUCUCUCUCUCUCCCCCUCCUUCACUGUCUCAGACUACCAGUCCCUUGCUUUCGUUCCAACCUUGCACAAAGCCAUGAGUCUAGCCAAGAGGAUCAAGCUCGGAAUCAACGGAUAUGCAAGUCUCAAUCGCUUUAUCUCAAGAUUGUCUCCUCCAAACAACAAUGCUAAGAGCCUCCCGGCAUUGCCCCAUAUUCUUGCAAAGCAGGAUCAAGAAACAGUCGGAUCUGCUGGGAUUAACUCUUUAAGAAUGCUAGCACUCCUUGGGGCAAGUGUUACAGGGAUUUUGAGUUGUGCCACAGUGGCAGCUUGUUCUGAUGAGGCAGAACAUGGCCUGGAAUGUCCUAGUUAUCCAUGGCCUCACAAAGGCAUACUUAGUUCAUAUGACCAUGCUUCGAUUCGUCGUGGUCACCAGGUUUACCAGGAAGUUUGUGCAUCAUGUCAUUCUAUGUCUCUAAUAUCAUAUCGUGAUCUAGUUGGUGUGGCAUACACAGAAGAAGAGGUAAAGGCCAUGGCAGCAGAGAUUGAGGUGGUUGAUGGGCCAAAUGAUGAGGGAGAAAUGUUCACACGCCCUGGAAAACUAAGUGACCGUUUUCCUCAGCCAUAUGCAAACGAACAGGCUGCCAGGUUUGCUAAUGGAGGGGCAUAUCCUCCAGAUUUAAGUCUGAUCACCAAGGCCCGUCAUAAUGGUCAGAACUAUGUAUUUUCUCUUCUAACUGGUUACCAUGAUCCUCCUGCUGGUGUCUCGAUUCGGGAAGGGUUACAUUAUAAUCCUUACUUCCCUGGAGGAGCAAUAGCUAUGCCAAAAAUGCUGAAUGAUGGUGCUGUUGAAUAUGAAGAUGGUACCCCGGCAACGGAGGCGCAAAUGGGGAAAGAUGUUGUGACAUUUCUGUCGUGGGCUGCUGAGCCAGAAAUGGAAGAGAGAAAAUUGAUGGGAUUUAAGUGGAUAUUUGUGCUGUCACUUGCACUUCUCCAAGCAGCUUACUAUCGACGUAUGAGAUGGUCCGUCCUCAAGUCUCGAAAGCUGGUGCUUGAUGUAGUUAAUUAGUCCAGGAUUGAGUUCAGCCGUCCUCGUGUCUCAACCGCUGGUGCCCGAUGGUAUCGACUAGGAGUGAGUUCUGUUUACUGCAUUAAGGCAAAAUAACCCGCAGCAAUGAAUGCUUUAGACCUAGGUGUAUAUUUUUCAUCUGUGAGAAGAUGGACGAAAAAACAAAAUCUCCAGAAUAGUUGUAUUCGUUUCUUGAGUGGAAAAUAAGUUGUUUUAAUGUACCACUUGAUAUGUCAUCUGCUAUGAAGCCUAUAUGAUGAGAGUAUUCAGAAGUUUGUACAAAUACUAGUUUCAAAUAUUCAUAAGUGGAUUAAACAUUUGGGAAA